AUGGCGGACACGGACCUUUUCAUGGAAUGUGAGGAGGAGGAGCUGGAGCCGUGGCAGAAGAUCAGCGAUGUCAUCGAGGAUUCCGUGGUGGAGGAUUACAAUUCCAUGGAGAAAACUGCCCCAGGCGGGAAUGCCGUGGUUCCCCCCGGGGCCCAGUCCCUGCUGCUGACGCAGAGCCCCACGCCCGCGCUGGGGGCCGUGGUGACCCAGCCCCUGCUGCGCCCGGUGCAGAUCAUGCAAAAUGCCAACCACGUGCCCACCCCGCCCGUGACCAGCCAGCCCAUCUUCAUCACCACCCAGGGGUUUCCCGUGAGGAACGUGAGGCCCGUCCAGAACACCAUGAACCAGGUGGGGAUUGUCCUCAACGUCCAGCAAGGGCAGACAGUGAGACCCAUCACCCUCGUGCCAGCCCCAGGUACCCAGUUUGUGAAGCCGACCGUGGGGGUGCCCCAGGUGUUCUCCCCCGUGGCCCAGGUGAGGGCGGGGGCCCCGCUGCCCGUCAGACCCGCUGCCAACACCUUCACCACGGUGAUCCCCGCCACGCUGACCCUGCGCAGCACCGUGCCCCAGGCACAGGCCCCACAGCAGAUGAGCAUCGCCAGCUUCGUGACGGUGAAGAGGCCCGGGGUGACGGGGGAGAACAGCAACGAGGUGGCCAAGCUGGUGAACACCCUCAACACUGUCCCCUCCCUGGGGCAGAGCCCGGGACCCCUCGUGGUGUCCAACAGCAGCCCCGGAUCCCAGAGAUCCAGCGUGUCGGAAUCCUCCUCCUCCUCCUCCUCCCUCAAAGUCAGCUCAUCCCCCAUCCCCACCUUCGACCUGCAAGACGGUGGCAGGAAGGUUUGUCCCCGCUGCGACGCCCAGUUCCGGGUCACCGAGGCUCUGAGAGGACACAUGUGUUACUGCUGCCCCGAGAUGGUGGAAUUCCUGAAGAAGAGGAAAUCCCUGGACUCGGAGCCCCCCCUGCAAUCCCCCAAACCCCCGUCCCCAGAGAAAACCCCGGCUGGAGCCCCCCCAGCCCCGUGCCCGGCGGUGCCAGCCCUGUCCCCCUGUGCCAAGGGCCCCGAGGGGGGCGAGGGGGGCCCAGACUCUGCCCAGAGCAAGCUCAUCAUGCUGGUGGAUGAUUUCUACUACGGCCGCGACGGGGGCAAAGGUGCCCAGCUGCUGCCCUUCCCCAAGGUGCCCACGUCCUUCCGCUGCCCACACUGCACCAAGAGGCUCAAGAACAACAUCAGGUUCAUGAACCACAUGAAGCACCACGUGGAGCUGGACCAGCAGAACGGGGAGGUGGACGUUCACACCAUCUGCCAGCACUGCUACCGCCAGUUCAACACCCCCUUCCAGCUCCAGUGUCACCUGGAGAACGUGCACAGCCCCUACGAGUCCACCACCAAGUGCAAGAUCUGUGAGUGGGCCUUCGAGAGUGAGCCCAUGUUCCUGCAGCACAUGAAGGACACCCACAAGCCUGGGGAGAUGCCCUACGUGUGCCAGGUGUGUCAGUACCGUUCCUCCCUGUAUUCCGAGGUGGACAGUCACUUCCGAAUGAUCCACGAGGACACCCGGCACCUGCUCUGCCCCUACUGCCUCAAGGUCUUCAAAAAUGGGAAUGCUUUCCAGCAGCACUUCAUGAGGCACCAGAAGAAGAGUGUUUAUCACUGCAACAAGUGCAGGCUCCAGUUCCUCUUUGCCAAGGACAAAAUCGAGCACAAGCUGCAGCACCACAAAACCUUCCGCAAGCCCAAGCAGCUGGAAGGGUUAAAACCUGGAACCAAGGUGACAAUCAGGGCGUCCAGGGGACAACCGCGGACGUUGCCGGUCUCUUCCAACGACAUGUCCCAGGGCCUGGGGCAGGACACAGCUCCUCUGUCCUCCUCCUCAGACCCCCAGCCCAUCUUCCUGUACCCUCCUGUCCAGAGGAACGUCCAGAAGAGAGCCGUGAAAAAAAUGAGCGUCCUGGGCAGACAGACGUGCCUGGAAUGCAGCUUUGAGAUCCCAGAUUUCCCAAACCACUUCCCGACCUACGUUCACUGCUCCCUGUGUCGCUACAGCACCUGCUGCUCCCGGGCCUACGCCAACCACAUGAUCAACAACCACGUCCCUCGGAAGAGCCCCAAAUACUUGGCUUUAUUUAAGAACUACACUGCCUGUGGGGUGAAGCUCUCCUGCUCCUCCUGCCUCUUUGUCACCUCGGAGGGGGAUUCCAUGGCCAAGCACCUCGUCUUUAAUCCCUCCCACGAGUUCAGCAACAUCAUCCUCCAAGGCCCCCCUUGGAUCUCACAUUCCAGGCACCUCCAGGGCCAGGCCCCGAGCCCGCAGCCCCCCAGCCCUCCCAGUUCUCCCAGCAGAGCCGCUCCCGUCCCGUCCCAGCCCGCGGCUCCUUCCCGAGACGUCGAUCCCGAUCCCGAUCCCGAUCCCGCCCCGGCGGCGCCCCUGGAGCGGCAGGAGGAGGAGAAUCCCGUUGUCCCGGGGGCAGAGGAGGCCGAGCAGCCCCCGAGGGAGGCGGAGGGCAGCAGGAAGGAGCAGCUGUCGGUGAAGAAGCUGCGGGUUGUGCUCUUUGCCCUCUGCUCCGACACCGAGGCCGCGGCCGAGCACUUCAGGAACCCCCCGCGACGCAUCCGACGCUGGCUCCGGAGGGUCCAGGCGUCCCAGGAGGAGAACCUGGAGGGGAAGUACCUGAGCCUGGAGGCGGAGGAGAAGCUGGCCGAGUGGGUGCUGACCCAGCGCGAGCAGCAGCUGCCCGUCAACGAGGAGACCCUCUUCCAGAAGGCCACCAAGAUCGGCCGCUCGCUGGACGGCGGCUUCAAGAUCUCCUACGAGUGGGCCGUGAGGUUCAUGCUGAGGCACCACCUGAGCAGCCACACGCGCCGGGCCGUGGCCCAGCCCCUGCCCAAGGGCGUGGAGGACAGCGCCGGCUCCUUCAUCGAGUUCGUGCAGCGCCAGAUCCACACGCAGGACCUGCCGCUGUCCAUGAUCGCCGCCGUGGACGAGAUCUCCCUGUUCCUGGACGCCGAGGCGCCGGGCCGCGAGGGCGCCCUGCAGACCGUGGGCCACGGGGAGCCCUGGUGCGACGUGGUGCUGGCCAUCCUGGCCGACGGCGGCGUCCUGCCCGCCCUGGUGCUCUACCGGGGCCGCGUGCGGGCGCCCGCCAACGUGCCCGACUGCGUCCUGCUGGAGGCCCGCGAGGGCGGCUACAGCGACGACGAGGUCAUGGAGCUCUGGGCCUCGCGCGUCUGGCACGAGCACGUGGCCUCCUGCCACCGGGCCUCCUCCUCCUCAUCCUCAUCCUCCUCAUCCUCCUCCUCCUCCUCGUCCUCCUCCUCCCAUCCCGGCAAGGGCAUGCUGGUGCUGGACUGCCACCGGACCCACCUGAGCGAGGAGGUGCUGGCCGUGCUCAGCUCCUCCAGCACCCUGCCCGCCGUGGUGCCCGCCGGCUGCAGCGCCAAGGCCCAGCCCCUGGACGUUUGCGUCAAGAGGACCGUGAAAAACUUCUUGCACAAAAAGUGGAAGGAGCAGGCCCGGGAGAUGGCGGAGGACCCGGCGGCGUGCGACUCGGACAUCCUGCUGCAGCUGGUGCUGUGCUGGCUGGCUGAGGCGCUCGAGGUCAUCGGGGACUCGCCGGAGCUGGUGCAGCAAUCCUUCCUGGUGGCCAGCGUCCUGCCCGGCCCCGACGGCGCCGCCAACUCGCCGGCGCGCAACGGGGACAUGCAGGAGGAGCUCAUCGCCUCGCUGGAGGAGCAGCUCAAGCUGGGACGGGCCGAGGAGGAGGAGGAGCCCCCGGAGCCCCAGGAAGGGGAGGAGACCCCCCGACCCGAGGAAUCGGCCGACCCCGAGAUCCUCCAGCGGCUCUUCGAGGGCGAGAGCGAGACCGAGUCGUUCUACGGCUUCGAGGAGGCCGAGCUGGAGCUGAUGGAGAUCUGAGCCGGGAGCCACACACACAAAAAACACACACAGAACACACAGAAAAGGGGGUUAUUUUUUUGGAAUAAACGUUGGAUUGAGACCAUGACACACUUCCCUGUGGAUUUGUGGGGUUUUAGGAAUUUUCGUAGGCGAUCACUCGAGAUUAAAAAAAAACAACAAAAAAAACAAAACAAAAAA